GAGAAGCACAAUCGUUUAAUAACAUAGGCUGUAUACACACAAAGAUGGAUUCCAAACGGGAACAUGAUCCGGAUUAUAGCACGAUUACAACAAUAUUGAUAUUUUGGCUUACGUUUCUGUUAGUUUAUAUGAACACUAGACGUCAAAAAAGAGUGCCGCCGGGACCAACAUUGUUCCCCAUCAUCGGUAAUCUUCCGUCCUUGAUUUCAUCCGAUACGUUGGGUGGAUUGAACGAAUUAAGAAAACAGUAUGGUGACAUAAUAGGACUGUAUGCUGGUAGUAAACUGUUUGUGUUUCUAUACGGGUACGAUACCAUUCAUGAUGCGCUGAUAAAGAAAGGGUCCCAAUUUAUGGAAAGAGCUAAGCCAUCGUUUGAUAAAGAGGAAGUAGUUCAUACCAAAGGACUUAUAUUUACCGAGGGAACAAGGUGGAAAGACGGAAGAAGCUUUACAUUAGCAGCCUUGCAGGAUAUAUGUUAUCGUGAUAAAGGUUUUACUGAACAGUUCGUAAACGAUGAGGUCAUAGCGCUGAAAGAAAUAAUGCUAAAAUUUGAACAUCCCUUUGACAUUGAAAGAUAUUUAAAUUCAGGCGCUACAAAUGUGAUUGUUCAAGUCGUGUAUGGACAUAGAUUUGAUCUUGAUGACUCGGAAUUGUAUUGGUUUCAAAAAACCAUCCGUGAUUUUGCAGAAGUGUAUAUGAAAAGGGAGGUUAUUCUCAACUGUUUGCCGGUCUUACAAUGGUUUCCUUGUGAUAUUCUGGGUAUUCAGAAAACUAGAGACACGUUUACAAAGGUGAUGGUAUUUCUAACAAAUUUCAUUGAAACUUUGAAAAGGAAAAGUAUGCAAGGCAGAACGAGUUGUACUUACGUAGAGAGUUACUUGGAUCGUAUAGCUGCCAACAAAAGUAAUGGAGUGGAAAGCACUUUUGACGAAGACGAUUUGAAAAUAGCAGCAUAUCAUCUAAUUGUAGCCGGAAGUGAAACAACUACAUCCACUGUCAGAUGGAUAUUACUUCAUCUUAUCAGAAAUCCACACAUACAAGAGAAAAUGUUCAUGGAGAUGACCGAAAUACUUGGAGGAGAACCACUUUCAGUUGCAGAUAGGAAGCGUCCUCCAUAUGUGCAAGCAGUGGUAUUAGAAGGACUGCGAAUUUCUCAUGUGGCUCCGCUAGGGAUGCCUCACACUGUCCGUCAAGAUACGUUAUUCCGUGGAUUCAAUAUUCCAGAGCAGUGUACCGUGAUUCCAGUCCUAAGUUCAGCUUUGAAGGAUCCGGAUGUUUGGGAAGAUCCAGAAGAAUUCAAACCAGAAAGAUUUCUUAACUCUGACGGAAGUGACAUAAUAGUUCCUAAACAGUUUAUCCCGUUUUCACUGGGUCCAAGGUCAUGUCUUGGAGAGACAUUAGCAAGAAUAGAAAUAUUUCUGUUUACUGCAGGUCUUGUUCAAAAGUUGAGAUUUCUGCCGGAAAAGGAUUGCAUGCUUCCAGACAAGAAAGGCGUGCUCGCAACAACAUUGAAUGCAGUAUCGUUUAAAAUGAGGGUUGUGGAACGCUAAGCUUUACAGUUUUUUCUCCGAGACGGAUAUUUUCUAUAUACUGAAUCAACAUAAGAAUUUGUCAUAAAUAUAGGGCAAAUAUUUCUUUGUUGUGGAUUUAGCUGUAUUCCGAUAUGUUUCACCAGUAUUUGAACUAAAAAGAGGUUCAUCAGUUUCUGUUGUUGUAUAAAUAUGUUACAAUUACUGAUUAAGAAGAGCUAUAAAAAUGA